AUGCCUAUAGAACAAUUAUUAGUUCAAUCUAUUGAUGAACUUGCUAGUCAAAUUGAAUUAGCUCAUCAAAAUGGGCGUCAUGUGUUCGUUUAUUUUUCUGGUUCAACUGAUAUGAACACUGGGGAUAGUUGGUCGGAGGAUUGUUGUAAAUGUGAAUCUAUUCUAGAAAGUACGAUUGGAGUUACUAAAGAUAGUGAUUUGUUUUUGAUGGUUGAAGUUGGCAACGAAAAUGAAUGUAGGAUUUGGGGCAGUCGGUUUUUGGGCAUACGUAACACGUGUCUCAGCCAUCUCAACUGACGAAGUUUCACUACGUCAUCAAUUGAUUUGUCAUCCUUACCUAGUACUCGUUGCCUAACAACUGCAUUACUUACUCGGUGGUCCCAGGAUAUGCGAGCAAUGCUUAGAAGACACUUAUGAUCGAAUAAUAGUAGCAUACGAAUAUCCUGCUCUUAACGGCCAUGUUUCACUGCCAUAAAGUAGGACGAAACGAACUGCUGUGCAGUAAACACGUCCUUUGGUUGAUAGACGGAUAUCUCGCCUACACCAUAAAUGACGCAAGUUAGCAAAAGCUAGUCAAUCUUCUGUAUCCGUGCUGAGGUUUCGUCACACACCAGAUCACAAGGACUGAUGAGACUUCUCAGAAAAGUGAAGCGGUCGACACGCUCAACUACUUCACUCCCUAUCAUUAGUUCGAGUGUCGAUG